AAAGAGGAACGUGACAGGGGGGAUGCUCUAAGGCGAACAUCUGACGAUGAGAAAGAGGGACAUGGUUGGGGGGCUCCAAGGCGAAUGUCUGACGAUGAGAAAGAGGAACGUGACAGGGGGGAUGCUCUAAGGCGAACAUCUGACGAUGAGAAAGAGGGACAUGGUUGGGGGGCUCCAAGGCGAAUGUCUGACGAUGAGAAAGAGGAACGUGACAGGGGGGAUGCUCUAAGGCGAACAUCUGACGAUGAGAAAGCUGAAGAGGAAGAAAAUAAGGCGAUGGAAGAGGAUCGAACUGGUGGUGAAAAACGAGACAAGACAGAAACAUCAGAGGUAGAAUCAUCAGCAGCAGAGCCUACCGCUCAACCGUCUAUUGAGCAAGCAGCUGAAUCAAUUACCCUAUUAGCAGACCAGUCUCCCUCCUCGUCAGCACAGCCAAUGGAUAUAGACGAACCGAGUCCAUCAGCUCCAAUAUCUCGUUCGGCUGAAGAACUUUCACCGGAGGAAUCUAGAUACAUGAUGUUACAAGCGGAGAACAAGUCGACCGAAAAGGAAGGUGGCGAGGAAAUGAAAGAAGGGGAGUAUGGCGAGCAAAUGACAAAGGAUAUCGAGAAGGUAAAACUACAGGAAGAAAAUAACGAAGGGAUGGAAGAGGAUGUGGGGGAAGAAUCGAAAGGUGUGAAAGAGAAUGUUGAAAUUUAUCCCGAACCCAAAAAAGAUGAUAACGAAGAAUUGAAAGUUGUGGAAGAGGAUGUGGGGAAAGAAAAUAGUGAAGAAUCGAAAGGUAUGGCAGAGGAUGUGGGGGGAGAAAAUAGUGGAGAAUCGAAAGCGAUGGGAGAGGAUGGCGACAGAGAUAACGUGAGGGUGAAACGAAAAGAAGAGGAUAUGGAGGAAGAAGAUAACGAAGAAACAAAAGGUAUGGAGGUGGAUAACGACAAGGAUGUCAAGAAAGUGAAGCGACAAGAAGAGGAUGUGGAGGAAGAGAAUAGCGAGGAAAUGAAAGGGACGGAAGGGGAUAGCAACAAACAGGACGCAACAGUGACAGUACAGGAAGAGGAUGCUGAGCAAACGAAUACGAUAGGAGGGGAUAGCGAAGGACGGGACAAAGAGGAAAAUGAGCAAACGGAAGAAAAGACGGAAGAUAGCGAUAAAAUAAGCAACAGUGCUUCAUCAUUGUAG